UUCCUCAUUUAUGAGGGCUACGAGGGGCUGGUGGAGGGGGGAGACAACAUCAAGCAAGCCAACUGGCUCAGCGUCUCCAACAUCAUCCAGCUGGCUGCCCGUAACCUGGUGGAGCACGGCAUCACCAACCUCUGCGUCAUCGGUGGGGACGGCAGCCUGACGGGCGCCGACAUCUUCCGCUCCGAGUGGUCCGGGCUGCUGGAGGAGCUGGUCCGAGAUGGUGAGUGAAUCCCCCCUCCCCCAAAAUCCCUGGGUGGGUAGAGCUGAAAGCACCUAAGUGGUGUUGAGGUCUUGAAGGCCACCUUAUCGGCCCGGCACCGCAUCAUGGAGGUGGUCGACGCCAUCCCCACCACGGCGCAGAGCCACCAGCGGACCUUUGUGCUGGAGGUGAUGGGCCGCCACUGCGGGUACCUGGCACUGGUAUCCGGCUUGGCCUCGGGCGCUGACUGGCUCUUCAUCCCUGAAUCACCACCAGAGGACGGCUGGGAGGACCUGAUGUGUGAGAGGCUUGGGGAGACGCGCAGCCGAGGGUCGCGGCUCAACAUCAUCAUCAUUGCCGAGGGCGCCAUCGACCGCAACGGCAAACCCAUCACCUCCAACUACGUGAAGGAUCUGGUGGUGCGACGUUUGGGCUUCGACACGCGGGUCACUGUCCUCGGCCACGUGCAGCGCGGAGGGACCCCGUCAGCCUUCGACCGCGUAUUGAGCAGCAAGAUGGGGAUGGAGGCCGUGAUGGCGCUGCUGGAGGCCACGCCGGACACCCCAGCCUGUGUGGUGAGCCUCUCCGGGAACCAGUCGGUGCGGCUGCCGCUGAUGGAAUGCGUCCAGGUGACGAAGGAUGUGCAGAAGGCCAUGGAUGAGAAGAGGUUUGAAGAGGCCAUUCAGCUCCGCGGGAGGAGCUUUGAGAACAACUGGAACAUCUACAAGCUGCUGGCGCACCAGAAACCAGCGCAGGAGAAGAGCCCCUUCAGCCUGGCCAUCCUGAACGUGGGUGCCCCCGCCGCCGGCAUGAACGCUGCCGUCCGGUCGGCCGUGCGGAUCGGCAUCUGCCAGGGACACACGGUCUACGUGGUGAGCGACGGCUUCGAGGGCUUGUCCAAGGGGCAGAUCCGUGAGGUGGGCUGGCACGACGUGGCGGGCUGGCUGGGACGCGGUGGGUCCAUGCUGGGCACCAAGCGGACGCUGCCCAAGACCUGCAUGGAGAAGAUCGUGGAGAACGUGCGGAAAUUCAACAUCCAGGGGCUGCUGGUCAUCGGGGGCUUCGAGGCAUACGAGGGGGUGCUGCAGCUGGUGGAGGCCCGUGGGCAGUACGAGGAGCUCUGCAUCAUCAUGUGCGUCAUCCCCGCCACCAUCAGCAACAACGUGCCCGGCACCGACUUCAGCCUGGGCUCCGACACGGCCGUCAACGCAGCCAUGGAGAGCUGUGACCGCAUCAAGCAGUCGGCCUCAGGCACCAAGCGCCGCGUCUUCAUCGUGGAGACGAUGGGGGGCUACUGCGGGUACCUGUCGACUGUCACUGGCAUCGCAGUGGGUGCAGAUGCCGCCUACGUCUACGAAGAUCCCUUCACCAUCCACGACCUGAAGGCCAAUGUGGAGCACUUGACGGACAAAAUGAAGACGGAUAUCCAGAGAGGGCUGGUGCUGCGCAACGAGAAGUGCCACGAGCACUACACCACUGAGUUCCUCUACAACCUCUACUCCUCCGAGGGCAAAGGCAUCUUCGACUGCAGGAUCAACGUCCUGGGCCACCUCCAGCAGGGAGGAGCCCCAACCCCCUUUGACCGGAACUAUGGGACCAAGCUGGGGGUGAAGGCGGUGCUGUGGAUGUCAGAGAAGCUGCAGGAGGUCUACCGCAAGGGGCGGGUGUUUGCCAACUCGGGAGACUCCGCCUGCGUGAUCGGGCUGAGGAAGAAGGUGGUGGCCUUCAGCCCUGUGACGGAGCUCAAGAAAGUCACUGAUUUCGAGCACAGGCUGCCCCAGGAGCAGUGGUGGCUGAACCUGCGGCUGAUGCUGAAGAUGCUGGCCAACUACCAGAUCAGCCUGACCGAGUACAUCUCGGGGACGAUGGAGCACGUCACCCGCCGCACGCUCAGCAUCGAGAAGGGCUUCUAG